CCACGGAGCACGGGGCCCGCCUGGAGCAUCCGAAGCACCGGAGGGAGGUGUGGGCUGGAAGGGUCUCUUAGCCCACCGGGAUCGGUGAGUGUGGAGGGACGGGAAAAUUCCCUGUGGGGAGAUGGGUGAGAAGGUGCAGAUUCCCUCCAUCCAAUGGGGUCCAUUCCUAAUCCCCAUCCAUUUAUUCCUGCCUCUGUUGCUUUCUGUGUGGACAUGCUCAGUUGAUGGAGGCAUAAAGCCAUGUGUGCCCAGUAACUGUUGUGCUCAUCAUGAUGUGUCUGUGUAAUUGUGUGCAGCCCAAAAGGAAAGGCAGGUGUUUGUGCUGCAGCCUGUUCUGUGCUUGUGUUCAGCCCACCUCAAACCAGAGGGUUAUUGUCCCAUGUAGCCCUGUGGAGUUAUGCCUUUGCACAUCUAAUAAAGUUUUGUGAGCUUGCUUUCAUCCCAACACCUGUUUGAAGCUUGAUAUAUCCAUAUCACUCUUGAAAUGCAACUUCCCUGCCCACACACACCAUAGCCCACCUGUGGCUGCUGAAGUACAUCCACAAGAAAGUCCUCGACCUAUAAUAACAUGAAGAGCAGUGUUCACUGUUGCUUGUAAAUACAUCAGUAUAUUGUGGUGUAAAGUGCACCCUCAGCAAUAGUUGGGAGCCAGCAACUCAUCUUUUCAGAUCUCUUAAUCAGCUCCUCAUUUGCCUAAUCUAUGGACCAAAGAAGACACACAACUGGAUAAAAAUACACCUUCUGAACACUCUGUGAAUGCUUUUAGGAACACAGAAAGUUGCCUUCACGCUGUUCCCAUCCAGGCACACAAGCAGGGUGCUCUCAGGUGCUGUUCUCAGACCUAAAAGCAUUUCAGGUUCUUCGCUCUGGUGGAGCUGAGAUGGAUCUUGAUCACCAUCGUGAAUAUUUGAUGGAUGAUGGCCAUUAGUUGACAGCUGGGAGUUGCAGAGAGUGAGUGAGCAGCAGAGCAGAGAAACACUGGAUAAGAAAUGGGUUUUUUAAGGAGAAAUAUUGCUUUCAAAGAAUGACAACAGCUGUUUCAGCAAGUGGAUUUGCUGUGCAAGAGGUCAUUAUUUACAACUGCCAGCUUUAUUGAAAUCUUCCUUACAUUUCAUCCUUAUUUUCUUUUAGAAGUGGCAAAACAACUUAGGGUUGAUGUUUUGUGUGCCAUCAACUGAAUUUGGGGCCAUCAUGAAUAUCACCAAGGGUGGGCUGGUGCUGUUCUCAGCCAAUUCCAAUUCCUCGUGCAUGGAACUGUCCAAGAGGAUUGCUGAGCGCCUGGGAGUUGAGAUGGGGAAGGUUCAGGUUUAUCAAGAGCCAAACAGAGAAACACGAGUGCAGAUUCAGGAGUCUGUGAGAGGAAAGGAUGUAUUUAUCAUCCAAACAGUUUCAAAGGAUGUGAAUACCACGAUCAUGGAGCUCCUGAUCAUGGUGUAUGCAUGUAAAACCUCCUGUGCCAAAAGCAUUAUUGGAGUGAUUCCUUACUUCCCCUACAGCAAACAGUGCAAGAUGAGGAAAAGGGGCUCCAUUGUCUCCAAAUUGCUGGCCUCGAUGAUGUGCAAAGCUGGACUAACUCAUCUUAUUACCAUGGAUCUACAUCAGAAGGAAAUUCAGGGUUUCUUCAAUAUUCCAGUUGAUAACUUGAGAGCAUCUCCAUUUUUACUCCAAUACAUCCAAGAAGAGAUACCAGACUACAGGAAUGCUGUAAUUGUGGCCAAAUCUCCUGCGUCUGCAAAGAGGGCACAGUCGUUUGCCGAGCGCUUGCGGUUGGGCAUCGCCGUGAUCCACGGGGAAGCUCAGGAUGCUGAGUCUGACAUGGUGGAUGGCCGGCACUCCCCUCCUACUGCCAAAUACGUGGCUGCUAUCCACCCCAGCCUGGAGAUCCCCAUGCUGAUUCCCAAGGAAAAACCACCCAUCACAGUUGUUGGAGAUGUAGGAGGAAGAAUAGCUAUCAUUGUGGAUGACAUCAUAGAUGACGUCGACACCUUUCUGGCUGCAGCUGAGACCCUCAAGGAGAGAGGGGCCUACAAGAUCUUUGUCAUGGCCACCCAUGGCCUGCUGUCCUCAGAUGCUCCCCGGCUGAUCGAGGAGUCUGCCAUCGAUGAAGUGGUUGUUACAAACACAAUUCCACAUGAAAUACAAAAACUUCAGUGCCCUAAAAUCAAGACUGUGGAUAUCAGCAUGAUCCUGUCAGAAGCCAUUCGCAGGAUCCACAAUGGGGAGUCCAUGUCCUACCUUUUCAGGAAUAUAGGAGUGGAUGAUUAAAGCUUCUUCCUCUCAAGAAACACCCCGGGCCAAACUGGAAGCGAACAGAGAACGAGCUGUGAAGCAUUGUGCUUACCUUAACAUUUCCAUUGAGCCACUUCUUGUUUUCUCUUGGUUUAAGUAUCAAGGUAGAACAGUUUUUAAGACUUUUUUUUUUUCCUUUGAUGGGUUUUUUGGAGUCGGGGGGGUUGGUGGGAAUAAACGUUUUACAAAAAAACUGUUCUAGUUGCUUUUAGGUUAGUUGCACUAUACACGAUGGAAAAAUCCCACAAAACACUUGAGGCAAGAAUUUGGCUUCUAAAUUAAGCAUUCCUUUUCCAAAGCUGCUUGCUACAAGUGCUUUAAAUGAUAAUAAAAUGAAGUGACUGUAUAAUAUUUGCAUUUUAAAAGCCAAAAAGGUUGUACUGUUGUAUGCAGUUCAGUGAUUUUGUAGGAGUGCUUUUAUAGAAAAGCAUAUGGAAUAUGCACCUGUAUUUAUUUUCUGCGACAAAGAAUAAAGACUUGUUUUGUGUGAGCUUUC